UUAAAAAAAGUCCAUCAAAAAUUUCAAAAGUCCCUAUUGAAUGCACCCCCACACACAGACAGUUGCUUCAUAUAUCAUACACCACAAGGUGGGAUUAGUGGAGCAGAAUUUAUGCUAAUUUUCAAUGUUUGAAACAAGAACAUUAAUUUAAUACUCUGUUUUGACACAUUGAUGGGUUUCUUUGGCUGUGUAGUACUACCGUUUCAACUCAAUGCGUUCACAUUUAAUUCAAGUCACCUCUAGAAUAGCUGUUCUUGGGAAAUCAGGGCGCAUAUCAUGCGCACGCAAGUUAUUCGAUGAAAUGCCUCAAAGGGACACAGUUGCAUGGAAUGCAAUGCUCACUGGAUAUUGCCACCUGGGCCUUCACCAAGACGCUCUACCCUUGCUCCAAUGCAUGAGAAUCAGCAACGUCAAGCCCGAUCACUUCACGUUCACUGCGGUACUGAGCGUGUGUGCGGGGAAGGAUCUACAGUUUGGGCAAAAUCUCCAUGCGCUUGUCACUGUUUCAGGGUACAAUUCAUCGUUGCCGAUAAAUAACGCUCUUAUUGAUAUGUAUGGGAAGUGCUCAACUGUGGGGAAUGCGAAUAGAGUGUUCGAAGAGAUGAGUCUUAGGAAUGAAGUUUCAUGGUGCUCUUUAUUGUUUGCUUAUGUAAAUAUUCGAGUUUUUGAUAUUGCUAAUAGUAUUUUGUGUGCUAUGCCGAAAAGGGUUGUUAUAGCCUGGAAUACUAUGAUUGCUGGUUAUGCAAAAUCAGGGAGGAUGGAAUUUUGUAUAGAUUUGUUUAGGAAGAUGUUGGAGGAUCUAUGCAGCCCGGACAAAUGGACUUUGAGUGCCCUCAUGAAUGCUUGUGCUGAAACAAGUGAAUGUUGUUAUGGUUGUAUGGUGCAUGGUUUCAUUAUUCGAAGUGGCUGGAGUUCCGCCGUGGAGGUUAACAAUUCUGUUGUUAGUUUCUACGCAAGCUUUGGAGAUGAAAACAGCGUUUUGAAGGCAGUCGAAAGCGUUGAAAUAUUGACUCAGGUGUCUUGGAAUGUGAUUAUUGAUGCUCAAAUGAAGAUAGGCAAUAUUGACGAAGCGUGUCUUGCUUUUCAGCAGGCGCCUGAGAAGAAUCUUGUUUCUUGGACAUCUAUGAUUGCUGGAUAUGCAAGAAAUGGACAUGCAGAACAUUCUACGAGGUUUUUCAUUAAUAUGAUAAGAGGCGGACUUUUGCCUGAUGAUUUUACAUUUGGAGCUGUUUUACAUGCUUGUUCUAACUUGGCAAUGUUGGGACACGGUAGAAUGGUCCAUUGUUUUGCAAUUCAAUUCGGUUUCUACGCUUAUGCUUAUGUUGGCAAUGGCUUGGUGAACAUGUAUGCUAAAUGUGGGGACAUAGAAGGUUCGUGCAUGGCCUUUAAUGAUGUUUACGAGAAGGAUUUGAUCUCGUGGAAUACAAUGUUAUUUGCAUUGGGAUUGCACGGACACUCUAGCCAAGCUCUUCAGAUUCUCGAAGAAAUGGUAGCUUAUGGAAUGAAACCAGAUAAAGUCACCUUCAUAGGCCUGUUGAUGACUUGUAGUCAUCUAGGCCUUAUAGAGAAAGGCCUUGGUCUUUUUGAAUCAAUGAGCUCCAAGUACAGACUCUAUCCUGAAACCGACCACAUGGCUUGUAUGGUAGAUAUGCUAGCUCGAGGUGGAAAGUUGGAAGAAGCAAGAGAGUUAGCAAAUACAUAUCUAGGAAACAAUAGUGUGGAGGUCAGCUCAGUCGAGGCCCUUCUUGGAUCAUAUUCCACUCAAGGCGACAUAAUGGGUGCAGAGUUGGGGGAGCAGCUGCAGAAUUUGAAGCCUCACAAUGAGAUGAGUUAUGUCAUGUUGUCAAACUUGUAUAGUGCAAGUGGGCAGUGGAAAGAAGCCGAGAUUGUGAGGAGAGUGAUGGCAGAUCAACGCGUCAAGAAAAUGCCUGGUUGUAGUUGGAUUGAAGUAAGAAACGAGGUGACAGCAUUUGUGGCUGGAAGGAUUCAAUCCUCGUUCAUGGAGGAGGUAUACAAUAUGCUACAUGUUCUUGAAUCUGAAAUAAGGUAUCCUUGGUCUAUUCAUUUAUGGGACGAAAUUACUUGAACAAGCAGACUGGUAUACCUCUGAUGAAUCAAUGCUCGUUCUUCAAUGAAACUGAAUGAUAUUGAGCUCGGGAAGGACCUGGCAUAAUAUCUGACAUAUGGACAACAGCAUUCAUCGCCAUAAAGUAGUCCAUGUGAAGAUUUCUAGUUAAGGCAAGACAAAAAUAGGCUGGCACGAGCUAAGGGGAUGAUACAGUUCAAUUCCAGCCGUAAGGAUGGCUUUUGCUCAUGUCUCGUCUAGCCGAAGCAACAUAAGAGCCAUCUUUACCUGAAAUCAAGAUUUGAUUCCUUUUAUGUAUAAUGCAGAACUGCAUAGCUUGAUCUACUAAGUUUUGCGGACCGGCAUCUACAUACCUCGGUGGCUUGUUCGUAAGAUAAGACUUUAUAGUAUUGAGGAACAAAAAGAAGUUAAAUCUUUUUCAUUGAAUAUGCUACGGAAUGACUUCCUUUGUUUGUUUAGAUUGACUUUUGCAUUUAUGUAUCAGUUGUGUAAAGAAUUCAUGAUCUUGUGAAUGUGAAAUUAUUGAGAACUACAAAAUCCAUGUCCAGGUGCAAUUCCUAUUUUUUUAA